AUGAAUGCCGGGAAUACAAAAAGCCUUACUGAUAUCUUAUACGCUCAGAAACCAGAGAAGCUGUUGCCACAAGUUCUGGAGUCCUCCUACGAAAUCCCAGCCUACAAGUCUAUCGUGCUGUUGGUUACUCCAGGUCUGGCACAUUUCAUGGACCGUGAGCUCUUCCUUCGACCUCUUCUCGAGACUUUGCACGGCAGACUUCUAUCUGGACCCCGGAUGCGGACAGUCAGAACAAUCGCUGCUGUGGUCGAUGCUCUACCAGCGCCACAAAACAGGGGAUUGAAACCAGAUGUACUGCCCGCAGAGGGUGUAGCAUUGCUCCUUACGAGACAUCUCUUCAACAAUUACAGGAUAUUGCGCGGCCAGGAUACCACCAAGAAGGAGGCCAGCCCUCCAGCCGCAUUCAGUUUCCUAUCCACAUUGUCUCACGGUUUUCUCUCGCCGUUGUGGCACAGCAGGUACAGGCUGACUCUCCCCAUCGCCAAUACCUUAUUCCUGAAUGGACAACAACACACGAUGGUCAGUGAUCAAUGGGCAGUUCCUGUUGGAUAUGUGGAGACCAAGCCACUGGUUCAAAGCACGGAAAAGUUGAGUCACGUUGUUGUGAACCUGAGCUACGGACCCGAAACGUUGCUUGACGGCCACAUCCCUCUUCAACCCUUGACGCUAGAGCGCGAGAUUACCCAAUGUAUGGGCAAUAUAUUGACCAAGAUUGAGGUCAAUGGAGCGUCCGUCCCUGCGUCUCAAGAGCUUGAGUCGGCCGUGGCAAAAUUUGUGGCCUCCCGUCCGGAUCAUGGGUCGGUGGCUGUCUAUGCCUUGAUUCGACCUCCCCAUAUCGACGAAGAGUCCAAAGCCGUCCAGCAGCUGGCGGAUGACGGGAAAAUCUCGCUGGUCACUUCAGCACUUUUGCGUGGAGCAAAGCUCCACAAGGUAACUGGCGGCGGUGGUGGCUGGGGCGAGAAAGCAGGGCUCUUAUCACUAGAAGCCGCUGACACUCUGUGGCCUGUUACGCAACCAACAAUGCAAUUUCCUGCUUUGGAGGAUGAUGGCUCGACGACCAGCAUGCCGAAGCCUUAUGAGAUCAUUGAGAAAGGAAGCACCGUUGAGUUCUUUGUGCACACAGGGACAGACCCAUCGGAGAAGACGGCAUGUCUUGCUGAGCCCGAAGAGGCCGCCGUGCAGCAAGGUCGGUCCACCACUUGGGCUCUUGGCACAACGUCUGGCCCAGAGGUUCUCACUCGGCCGGUAGAUUUGGAAGUCAAUGCCGAUCACUCCCCUGGUGUCAGGUUCUUGCCAGACUACUUUGGAAUGUUGACUUAUGGUAAUUUGGCACUUAAGGGUACCAAAUUGCCGAGAAAGGAGAAAACUUCUCUUGAGGACAUGACUCUGAAAAAGUGGAGGACUCGAAUCGACGUGCCUGGUUCGCACUUCAUCUUGGAGGCCAGGCCUGAAUACUAUCGUCAAGCAAUGGCCCGUAAGGAGGCCGCCAGAAGUCGAGGGCGGACGAGGAGAUUUUCUCAAGACCAUUGA